UUGAUUAGUUUAUUUCCGCUCUGUUCCCUUCUUAUUUUCCCUCCCCUUUUCUUUCCUCUCAUAGUAAACUCCCCUCAAAACAAACCCAAUAAUUUUUUUUUUCAUCACAUUCUAAAAUGGCUUACAUUUGGGUCUAAUCUUUCCCUCAAAUUUCCCAUUUUUCAGCCAUGAAUUCACUUAACAUCAACUCAAUUUUCCUCAUAUCGGCAAUUUUCCGCGUGGGUUUAAUCCUGUAUGGAGAAUGGCAAGAUGCCCAUAUGGAAGUUAGAUACACGGAUGUAGAUUACCUUGUUUUCUCAGAUGCCUCUUCUUUAAUGGCUUCUGGUCAUUCUCCUUAUAAAAGAACUACUUACCGUUAUUCGCCUUUACUUGCUUUUCUUUUAAUUCCCAACUCUUUUCUUUCUGCUUCCUGGGGCAAGUUUCUCUUCUCAACUUCAGAUUUACUUGUUGGGUUGUUUAUCCGUAUCAUAUUGAAGCAGCGUAAGGUACCUGAAGACCUGUGCACGUAUUCUGUGUUGUUAUGGCUUUUCAACCCUUUUACCUUUACAAUUGGAACUCGAGGAAACUGUGAACCUAUUGUCUGUGCCAUGAUUUUGUGGAUUGUUAUCUGUCUUAUGAAUGGUAAAGUAGUACAAGCUGCAUGUUGGUAUGGUCUUGUUGUUCACUUCAGAAUUUAUCCCAUAAUCUAUGCACUUCCCAUCAUCUUUUUUCUUGAUCCACGCUUUUUCCAAUCUGGUAUGAAGCCGUUGCUUUGUGAUUGGACCUCUGCUCAUGGAAAGACUCCUCAAAUCAAUUCAGAAGUGACCGAUCAGUGUGACAUAUGGCUUGCAUUUAAAAGCAUAUUCACGAGGUCAAGAAUUUUGUUUGGUCUGGUUUCAGGGAGUGUUUUCCUCUUUUGUACUGGUUUUUUCUUCUAUUUAUAUGGAUGGGAAUUCCUGCACGAGGCAUUGCUUUACCAUCUUACUCGCACAGAUCCAAGACACAAUUUUUCCAUCUAUUUCUACCAUAUCUAUCUUAACUAUGAACGUGAGCUCUCGGUUCUGGAAAAGCUCAUCUCCUUUUUGCCUCAAUUUAUAGUGCAGCUGGUUCUUAUUUUCUGCUUUGCAAAGGAUCUCCUAUUCUGCUUUUUUGUACAGACAGUGGCAUUUGUAGCAUUCAAUAAGGUAAUCACAGCACAAUAUUUUGUAUGGUUCUUUUGCCUGUUACCUCUUAUUUUGCCAUGGAGCAAUAUGAAGCUUAAAUGGCAGGGCCUAUGUUGCAUUCUUUUAUGGAUUGGGGCUCAAAGCCUUUGGUUGAUGUGGGGUUAUCUGCUGGAGUUUAAAGGCAAGAAUGUCUUUCUACAGCUUUGGAUGGCAAGCUUGCUUUUUCUGGCUGCUAAUACUUUGAUCUUGAUCAUGCUUACCCGGCACCAUAACUUCUCUCCAGUAUUUAGACGGCAUGCAGGUUCAAAGAGAGCAUCAAAGCGUGACUGAGAAGACAGUCCUGCAACCUUGUAGGAGUAGAAAUUCUUUAAUCAACAAUGGUUAUGACAUCCUUUAAAUUUUUGUGGGGAUUUGAGGGUUUAGAUUUUGAAAUUUUUGCAGCAUAGCUAGUAGAAACAGGCAGCAGAGAGUUUGUGUUUUUAAUUAUUAACCCCGGCUGAAUCAGGUAGUAGAGUUGAACCAUCAUGGAUUAUCAAACUAAACAUAUUGAUGUUUUGGUGUUUG